AUGGCCGAGCUUCGGCGCGAAGGUAGGAAAUGGGACUGGGCGAAGCCGUCCGAGGAGGAGGUGCAUGCGAGGCUCGCCGACUGCGACGAACCCCUUCGAGAUAAAGUGCCCGACACCGUCCGGGACGGGGACGCGGGCUCCGGCCUGCUAGCAAUGAGCGCGUUGCUCUGGGCGGUGAGGCGGAAGGAUCGGUUGGCCGGCGCCCUCCGUCGCAGUGCCACCAGCAUGGACAAGGUCGCUGUUGCGGGGUUGAAGGGGCUGCGGACUGAGAUGGUAGCCUUCAUCAAGAAGCAGGUCGCGCUCAUACGGUCGGGCCGAAACGUAGUUGCGGCCGACGUCUGUGACGACGACGGCGAGGAGGUUCAGUCGGCGCCCCAAGCUGGCGGUGUCGCCCCUGCCGUCGCUGAUGCGCGUGGCACCUCGGUCGGGAAGCCGGGUAGCGGCGUCGACGAGGCCGAUGCGGCAGCAGGACAUGGGGUGGCCGGGACCGAGGAGAAGCACCGGGACGAGGUUGUUCAUGGGGAUGAUGAUGGGGUCCAGGGUCGUGAGGCGGAUCGCAGUUCGGGGAAGCAGUCGGGGAAGAGCGUGCUCGACAUGCUCAAGAAGCACUGGGCUGGGGUUCGAGCGGCCAGCACUGAUCAGGGUGGUGGGGGUCCCGCCGACGAGCAUGCCACUGAUGACGCACUGCCAAGGGCUCCGCCUUCGGUCGCCGAUAAGCCACCACGACAGGGUAGCGGUGAAGAAGGGCUGCGCGACAAGGAGAAGGCGGCCGCAAAAACGGCCCCAGCUGGCCAGGGCCCGAAGACAGGGGUCGCGGUGGCGUCAGCGGUUCCUCACCAGCCCCCAGCUGGUGCACGCCCUCCGACCGGACCGUCUGCCGGGCGACCUGCCGACGUCCCGCGCUCUGCCGACGUCCCGGCUGCCGACAAGGCUGGCCGCGCGGGGAAAGGGGCGGCAGUUGCGGACGCGCUCAAGGAGCAGCUCAGGCGCCUAGCCGGCCACAAGGCUGUUCAACAGCCCCCCGCUGCUGUCGACGCCCCAUCUGCCAGUGUCCCAAAGUCGCCGGUCGUCGCCGCCCGUGCUCCUGCAGACCCAAAGUCCGCGUUGCUGCGCGCCCAGCUGGGCGCACUAGCGUCGACUGCGCCAACUCAGCAGGCUUCUGGCUCCGGCGCUAAGACGUCGUCGGCAAAAGUCGCACCACCCACCCCUGUGGCAGCUGAGGUUGAGAAGGCGGCGGAGAAGGGCGUUCGUGCCGCCCUUGCCACCGGCGGCGGCCCCGUCGAGCAGGCGCCCCCCGAUGCUGAUAUCGCUGCCAUACAGGCCCACCUGGAUGCUGCCAAUCCCCGACCGCUGGCCAUCUCCGACACGGCACAUGUGGAGCCUUCGGCGGGUCUCGUCGGCAGUCCAGCAGAGCCGACUGCGACCGGUGAUGCUGUCGGCGAUGGAAAGGCGAAACGGAAGGGGAAGGCGGGCUCACAGAGGAAGACGCGGGAGAAGUCGGAGGCGAAGGCGGCGGAUAGAGGGAAGGGGAAGGCGGCUGAGACGGCGGCUGACAAGGAUGGAGGCGGCAAUACGGGGGUGAAAGGGAAAGCGGGGGAGAAUCAGAAGUCGCUCGGCGAGGGUACGUCGACGGGGAGGAAGGGGAAGGACAAGUCGGUAGGAGAAGGUGCAUCGACGGGGAGAAAGGGGAAGGAGAAGGCGGUCGGCGAUGGUUCGUCGAAAGGGAGAAAGGGAAAGCGGAAGGCGGCGGAGGAGGAUGUCGAGGAGGUGGAGGACGUCGAGCAGGAGGAAGAAGAAGAGGCGGAGGAGGAGGUGGAGGAGGCGGAUGAGGACGAUGAGGAGGAGGUCGAGCUAGGAUGGGUCGGCGAGAUUAAGGUGCACGGCAUCAAUCGAUACAUCGGCAAGUCGCGUGAGAAGAUGGAGCUCGCGUACGUGCACUCCAUCGCGUUCGUCGUCUACGACGGUUUCGUGAGCAAGGUGCUCAUGAACGAGCUCACCGUCCUGGACAGCGCCGAGUUGGAGAGGUGGAAGGAGGUGUGGGAGGAGGUCAGGAUCUUGCCGACCGGGAUGUGGACGGUGAUGUGGGCCCGGGGAACGCUCCUUCCAAAGACACGGCUGAAUGAGAUCCUCGACAAGUAUCGACAUUACAAGACCACUGGCGAUGCGCUGCACGCCGCGCUCCUGCCAGCGAUAUGGUACCCAGUCGAUCCCGACACCGAGGAAGGCCGAGAGAAGUCGGCGUCCAUGCUGUCCGCGUUGAUUGGCCGCGUGUCAAUGUGCGCUGCGUAUGGGAAGACCGCUGCGACAGCGGCGAGAAAGGAGGGAGACAGCGACGAGAAGACGGAUAUGGCGGCAUGGGCGUUAGGAGCAUCCGCAUGCGCUGUGUGGUGCUUCGUCGAGAACGGCGAUGCCCAGGUGGAGGAUGCUGUGGAAGAAGGGAAGGCGGCGGCGCUUGUGGGCGGAGCGAGCCAGGCGACCGCCGAUGUAUUCGGCAAAGUCAUGGAGGCGGUGCUGAACGCCGAGAUCAACAGGGACCGCCCCCUGGGAGAGGUUGCUUACAACGUCGCGCCAGCACUCAAGAGGACCGCCCUUGACAUGGCCUAUCCGGGGGUGGAUGCCGGAGUCGAUGCCGACGUGAUCGCAAGAGCGACGGUCGAGACGAUGGCGUUCUGGGGAAUGUGCCCCGUCGCCGGGCCGAAACUCAAAGCGAGGGGCAUCGCGGUGCCGAUUGACGCGCAGAUGAAGGCCGAUAUCGACAACAGGGGGAGAAAGGGUCAGAGGGGCAAGAAGGCGACGAAGGCCAAGGGCGGCACGGAGAAGAAGGGGACGAAGGGCCAGAAGGCGAAGGAGUCGGCGUAG